ACUUGAUCUCUAUAGUGAAGAUGAAGAUGACUGUGCAUUUCCAGGGAAACGAGCAUUAAUAUCACUGCUAUCCUGGUUUGAUUAUUGUGAUGAACUAAUAAAAAAUGCUCACCCAUUAAUUGGCAAACUCUUGGCUAAAGAAAUAAAAGAAAGAUUUUAUGUACCUGUUCUGGAGCCAUUACUUUUACAAGCUUCUGAAGUUGGUAUUUUAACAUGUACCGCUCUCUUAAUCAAACUUGUCAAGAUGACAACCUCUGAGUCAUUGUUAUCAGUGACAGUGUAUUUUCUACUUGGUGAUGCCACUGCCAAAGAAACACCUGGAGAAGCAAGUCAUAAACUCAGACAUAGAUUCAUUGAAAGAUGUGAUCAUUUGUCAGAUGAGAUUAGUAUAUUGUCCUUGAAAUUGUUUGAAGUACUGUUACUAAAGCCUCAUGAACAUAUCAUCAAUAACCUGGUACUUCGUAAUUUAGCUCCACGAACAUAUCAUGCAUCAUCUGAACUCCUUGCAACUGAAGAAUAUUUUGAAAGUGAUAUAGACACAACAGAGGAUGAUGUGAGUGAGAGAACGGAUAGCCCAAUGUUUGAUGACUCAGAUUUACCACCACUUGAAUUAGAAGCUUUUGAUGAUCCAGUUCUUGCUGAUGACUUCCCAGUAGAAAUACCGGAUCAGUUGUUUGAUGUGGAAAAGAUGGAAAAUCAGAUCCUGGAGAAGCUUGCAGUGGAGAAUCAAAUUUUGAAUAAUGAUUUUGAAGACAAGGGUGAGCACAAAGAAGAGGAACAAACAGUUGUUGAAGUUGUCAACCAUGAUAAUUUUGCUGAGGAAGUUGCAGCUGUGGAGAAGGCAACAAAAUUGUCCCCACGAUCACAGACUUCGUCUAAUGCAGCAUCUUCCAUAGCUUCUGGCUCAAUAGUCAUGGAUGUUACUUCCAAUGCUUCUGGAUCUGUACUCGUAGAAGAAAGACCAGGAAUACAUGCUGUAGUAAACAGUUAUCUCAGUUUAGUACCAGAAUAUGCUAAAUCAUCUUCUGCUGGUGACAGUGGAUACGAUACCUAUCUUAGAGAUGCACACAGACAGUUUAGGGAGUGUUCUGUGCAAUGUUUACGAUGGGAGUGGCCUACAUAUCCCAAACCAGUGGACAAAAUAGAUUACAGUCAUGCAUUCUAUGAAGGCGUAUUCCUUAAGGUGCUUUUUGAUAAACUCUCUCAAUUGCUGGAUCAGCCAUAUGAAGUCAAUCUACAAUUGACAUCGGUGAUGGCUAAACUGGCUCAGUUUCCACAUCCGCAUACACAUGAAUUUAUGCUGGAUCCGUAUCUACGCCUAGAACCAGGAUGUCGGUCAUUGUAUACAGUCUUAUGUAGAUUGGUGUCUGACCUGAAGUCCAGAGUGAAAGCCAUGCCACAUUUCCAAAUACAAUGUAUACAAGUACGUAAACAGCUGACUGAGAUGACGGAAGAAGAAAGUUCAUCAUACAUUGAACUCAUGGAAGGAGUUAUCGUGUUAGAAGAAUUCUGUAAGGAGCUGGCAGCAAUAGCAUUUGUAAAAGCCCAUGCUGAAAGUGGAAGGAUAUAA